AUGGAGCCGACAGAAGAGCUUGCUCAAGCUGCGUCCAAGCUACACGUCGCCAUCCGCCAGGGCCAGCAAGACGUCUGGGAAAAGCUUCUCGCCGAGUACAACGGUACUUUAUCCGACCUUGUCAAUCACACAGUCAAGUAUGAGAGCAGUACGAGCGUUAUAAGAACGUCACUCUUGUUUGCAGUGAUUUAUAACCGCACCGAGGCGGUCGAAAGACUUUUAAAGAUCGACGGCCUCGAUCUUGGCAGUGAAGACGAGUUGAAACGCACGGCUCUCUCUUGGGCUAUGCUGAAAGACGACAAGAAGAUUUUGAAAAUGCUACUUGAUAGCCCGAAGCUGACCAAGGAAGUGCUAGAGCACCAGGACGAACAAGGUCGGACACCUCUCUUGCGAGCAAUCAAGGCGGCAGAUUUUGCGACGGCCCGCCUUCUUCUAGAAAAAGGAGCAGAAGUGGAUGCUCCAGAUGUGGACGGGCGAACGCCGUUAUCCUGGGCGGCUUCUUACGCCGAAAAAAAAGCCGCCUGGCGCGGUCUCGAUCUUCUUCUCAAGUACAACGCCGACCCUGAGCGGGCAGACUACAGCGGACAGACCCCAGCCUCGUUGGCAUGGGCCCCAGAACUUUCACUUAAACUACUGUCUCCACGGAUCCGGCGCCGCCUGGUUUUAUGUUGCGAUGGCACGUGGAACGAUCAAGAGCUGACACAGCCCAUCACCAACGUCACCAGGAUUAUGAAUUGUCUAGAUAGGAUCGAUGAGCGCGGGGGUCAGCGAUUCGAGCAGAUUCCAUUCUACAUUGACGGUAUUGGAACUGGAAAGAGGGUUGAGAGCUAUCGUGACGGCAUCACUGGCGAAGGGAUCAAUCUCAAAAUCUGCGAAGCCUAUCGGAUCCUGUGCUCGGCCUAUACAAGCAACAGAGAUCAGAUCGUUCUCGUCGGCUUUUCUCGCGGCUCUUACACGAUACAGUGUCUGGCGAAGCUGAUCAACGAUAUCGGACUCCUCCACAAAGACGUGGCUGUAACCCGCCUUCCCAAGAUUUUCAAAGCAUGGGCCACAGGAGAUGGAUCCGAUCCAUUCGAAGGUUAUCAGCAUGAUGAACCUGGUCUUCAAAGGCACCACGAAGAUAUUCCCGAGAUCAGAGAACCUGUCGAUCUUAAGCGAACCUGUCAAGAUCUUCUCAAGGCAGGUCUCAUCCGGCGGGGAAUUAAGAUUCAUGCCUAUAUUGCCUGGGACACGGUCAAAUCGCUAACCAAAGGGAAAUUGCCCUUUCUUGAGGAGCAACUGCCUCCCAAUGUUGUUGACGCUUUCCACGCACUAGCUCUGGACGAAGAGAGAGUACAUUUCCUGCCCUUCACCCUGACAUGCCAAGCUCCGACUCAACUCACACAGUGUUGGUUUCGGGGCUCCCACAGCGACAUUGGCGGCGGAAACUCCAACACCGGUCUAGCCAAUAUUACCCUUUGUUGGAUGAUCUCGAAAGUCGAAAAGCUUAUUCAAUUUGAUGAGAAAGCUUGCUGCGAUGUGGCGAGCGCUGGCAGAAUCCUUAAAAUCGACAUGACCGAGGAGAAUCAAGGCAUUCCAGAGAUUGUGGAUUUGGAGACAUACGACUCAAUGACGAAGCGCUACAAAACUGCCAAGCUCGUGUUUGGACCUGGAGUACGCAAGCUGGGCCAAAAUCCCGAGCACGAACUUAUACACUUCACGGUCCGGUGUCUGCCAGAGAUUCCCGGGAAGAGGUCGAGGCAAAGUAAGCCGCUGGUCGACUUCACGACCUCAAAGGUCGAUCUGGAGCAUGAGACCGAGGAAACGUACCAGUGGCGCCGGCGUGGCGAUCCUAACACGGUGAUCAAAGAGGACUGGUUUCAUCCUUACGAGCGUGCCAUGCUUGAAGCUUGGAUAGCCCGGGACUCUACCUUUGCCCACGAGUUGAGGCAUGUCUCCGGACUGGGAGAAGCUGCAGCUGGGCCGUCUUCGUCCGCGAGCCCCCAAAUCAAUGAUCCGAUCCCGCCGCGAACUUCUACGGAGAGUGGGUCGUCUUCAACGACAGACAAUAUGGCCAAAGAAUCGAUUCCACAAAGGGACUCGAUUCCACCGAAAGACUCGAACCCGUCAAAAGAUCCGAUUCCGCCGAAAGACCCGAUCCCACCGAAGGACUCGAUUCCACCGAAAGACUCUGUUGUAGCUGAGUCGCAAUCAUCAAAAGGUGACAUGGCCAAGCACCUUCCUCCAAUAGAAAAUUCUGCUGCCAAUGUUGUGUCGCCUUCGCGGGUGAUGAAAAUGGGAAAGUGGCUGUCGAAAAAGUUCCAUCGAUUGUGA